ACGAGGAUUUAUAACAGCAGUGUACGGAACCGAACAGACGGACAAGACAGUGUGUAGCCGGUUGUUGUUAUCACCUUUAUUAACACGGUAACGUAGUGAUGCGAUGUGAGGAACCCUCCAACGAGGCUUGGACAGCGCCGUUAAACCGGUUAAACCGACUGUGGACUUGCCAGCCGCAAAGACUUGACUGACUUCAGAUUAAAAAAACAACCCUGCGAUGUUUUUACAUUUCCCUGUGUCCUGAUAAGUGCAUACUUCAACCCAAAGCAACAUCCACUUCAUUGAGCUUCCACUGGGAGUCACAAGUAUAUAGGCUUCAAACUCCACCUCAACAAACAGACAUCAUGUCUUCCAGGGAGCGUCGGUCGGAUGUCUACAUAAAGGCAGAACCGAGCAGUCCAGAGGGAGGAGGGGGAGGUCGGACCAGCCCUGGCGGGGCCUCCUCAGACUCCUCUCACAGUGGAGGUGGAGGAACCAGAGGAGACGGUGUUAAACGUUACUCCCCGCCACUCUACACACCGGCUCUGCGUUGCCACUUCAAAGACGAGGGCGGGGAUGGGGCAGAGGAGGGCUCCACUGGAAACGGAGCGGGGCGAUGCAAGUACGCCCUGAGCACGCUACCGAAGAGGCUGUGUUUAGUAUGUGGGGAUGUGGCCUCGGGUUACCACUACGGCGUGGCGUCAUGUGAGGCCUGCAAAGCGUUCUUCAAGAGAACCAUCCAAGGUAACAUUGAAUACAGCUGUCCAGCAUCGAAUGAGUGUGAGAUCACUAAGAGGCGCAGAAAGGCUUGUCAGGCAUGCCGCUUCACCAAGUGCCUCAAAGUAGGCAUGCUGAAAGAGGGAGUUCGUCUUGAUAGGGUCAGAGGUGGAAGACAGAAGUACAAAAGACGCCCUGAAGUGGAGAAUGCAACAUACCAGAGUGCCCCUCUACCACUGACAAAGGAGAGUGAAAAAGGUUCCUCCCACAUCAUUGUGUCCCACCUUCUAGUGGCCGAGCCAGAAAAGUUAUUUGCUAUGCCUGACCCUCUGCAGCCUGACACAGCGCAGCGCACGCUCACCACCCUUUGUGACCUUGCUGACCGGGAGCUGGUUGUCAUUAUUGGCUGGGCCAAACACAUUCCUGGCUUCCUGUCGCUGUCUCUAGCCGACCAGAUGUCUGUGCUGCAGUCAGUGUGGCUGGAGGUGCUGGUGCUGGGUGUAGCGUACCGCUCGCUCGGCUGUGAGGACGAGGUGGUGUUCGCGGAGGAUUUUGUCCUUGAUGAGGAGAUGUCACGUGUUGCAGGACUGACGGAGCUAAAUGCAGCAAUUAGUCAACUUGCUCGCCGUUUCCGGGCGCUAAACGUGGAUCGAGAGGAAUUUGUCAUGCUAAAAGCCAUCGCACUCACUAACUCAGACUCUGUUUACAUUGAGGACAUGGAGGCUGUGCAGAAGCUGCGGGACCUCCUCCACCAGGCCCUGCUGGAGCUGGAAUGUCAGCAGCGCCCAGACGACCCACAGCGGGCAGGACGCCUCCUUUUAACAUUGCCUCUUCUCCGACAGACUGCAGGUCGUGCUCUUACCACCUUCUACAGCAUCAAGACCCGUGGUGGUGUACCCAUGCACAAACUAUUCCUGGAGAUGCUGGAAGCCAUGAUGGACUCUCCCUAGAGUGGAAAGCAGCAGAAUUGAAUAGGAUGCAGUGAAAGACCCAACAGAGAUCUAGUCUACAAGAGUGGAUGAGCAGUUUGUGAGAAAGGAUUUUAUUAGAGAAUUAAUAACGAGGAAAGUGGUAAUUUUUCCCUUUUUCCAUAGACUAUAUGAAGAAAGGAAAAGAAUAUGAGAAAAUAAAAGCUCCUGUAUUCAUGUCCCUUAGUGGGAAUUGGUUAUUUACAGAAAGAUGUAACUGCCACGCUUCAGUAAAAGGCUCAAAGAGUGAAAACAUUUAACAUGAAUGCCAGAAUACUUCUCAGUUUUAACUAUUUUCAUGGUGUGUUCCAUCACGGCAUUGAUCUGCAGUUGCAUAACCGCUGGAGAAAAACAUUUAGGUACCUAAAGAGCAGACUGUGGCUUCUGAACUUUUUAAAAAAUAAUGCAACAUCUACUCAUGAAAGCCAUAAUAACAUAUCUGGCGAAAGACUCGAGGGUCCAGUAUAGGGUCAGAUUGACAUGCACAUGGAGUGCUUGUAUUUACUAUAGUUUAGUGUGCCGUUGUAGGCAAAUUCAUAGGAAUUACUUGCAAUAUGUUAAAAGCAAUAUAACAACUCGAUUAUUGUCUGUCACAUUAAAAAUGUGGAUAAAAUGGUGAGACAUAGUUGUGUACAUACAUCAGUAGUUCUCCACUCUGGGGACCCCAAGUGCUGAUUAUUGGAGAUGCCAGGUGUGUAGAUAUAGAAACCUGAUGAGAGAGAAAACCACCUCUGUGUUGGGGGUUAAAUACUGGAGUUGGGAGCCACUGAUGUAAGCAGUAGGUGCAAGAUUUUUCAUUAAAGGUUGUGCAAUGGAGAAGUGUAUAUGAAGAUUGUGUGCUCAUACAAUGGUCUACUGGGAAGGUAAUAUAUUCUGUGCAAAUUCAAAUGCAGCACAAAAAAACUGACUUCCAUUUAAGUAAGAGUGUGCGUUCGUUUGCAGUCGAAACCAAUGAGCUACACUGAGAUCAGGGAAGAACACAACUCUUUGACAAUAGAGCGUGGAAACAACAGUGGCUAGAACAGAAAUGCAUAUGCCUCAUCUGCUUUUUUAUACGAUCCUCCACUAGAUCUAACCACCGUCUUUGACUUCAGCGACUGUGCUGUUCAAAGAUAACGGUCUGGCCUAUUUGACUUGUGGGCUAUAACACUAAUCCAUAUGACUGAUAGUCGAUUGUGAGAUUUUGCUGCAUUUUCUGCAGUCGUGAAGAACGUUGCAUAAAUGAUCUCAAUUGUUUAAUUGAGAGAUCCCUCCUUUGUGUAUGUACAUGUGUUGAACUUUGAUUUGUAAGUGCCCGCAAUGGGCUCAGGACAAUAAGAAAUGCAACUUAUGCAACGUCCUUGUUUUGGAUGUUGAAACCUUGUUUGAGAACAUCCUGAGAGUCCUUGUUCAGCAGGUUUGUAUACUUACAAUAGAAAAGAUCAUUAUAGUAAGCUUCACAUGCAAUGCAAAGCUACACUAUCUGAUCUUAAAAUCAGAUAUAAUAUUAAGUGGCCAAAGGGUCAUUAAUCUUUCAGCCAUGUACAGUUCCAUUUAAAUAAACAGAAACAUGCAAUUUAUAGUGGAAAAUAAUAAAGCCAGCAAACGUGAUACAAAUUCCCCAUUUACAAUUAUGUGUGUGCAGCUUACAGUGUUCUGAAAUUUGUAAAGACUUGAAACUUGCUUUUUUCAUACAUUUCUCCUUUCUAGGAUUUAAGGGUAUUUUAUUUACAUUGUGACACUGUUGUGGGUUGGUAUUGAAAUGAGGCUUUCCAUUCAGGAUGUUAUGAAUACUAAUUGUUUUUCUUUCUUUCUGUUUAUGUAAGCAGUUUUCUGUGUGUUUUCUGAAGCUGAUUGUCAUUUUAGGGAUCAAUUUACAUGGCUCUAUAUUUAGCGGCAUGAUGCAGCUGCAGAGGGCUACCUCAGGAGGCAGAGAUGGCCAAGUAACUGUGGAGACAAAUGUAAUUCUUGAUCUUUUGAUUUGUCAACUUAAAUUUGAACAUUGGGUUUAUUGAAUGUCUUUGCGGUUGCGAAAACAGUUUUUCUUUGUUUUCAAAACUUGAGGGUGUAAAUGGCUCAUUAGUAAUGCUUUAUGAGAUGCCCUGCGGUACAAAGUGAGGGGCAGGCCUACAGUUUGUACGGUUUCACAGGAAUAAUGGUGCAGCUUGAAAACACUGGAGGUCAUUUCCGGCAGUUAAAAUUGAAAAUGGUUCAACUUGUAACACAGAUGUUAUAAUAGCAACAGCUGGCAUUGUGGAGCAGGGACUGAUAUCUCACACUCGAUUUACCGGUUUGGUUUUGUGUUCUUAAGUUACAGCUUAUCAUCUAGCAAGCAAAAAAACAUGGAUAUCUUGGACGAAUUUGAGCUGUUAAACUUUCUUCAGAUUAACUCGGUCAUUUAUACAUUUCAUUAGCAUACCAGUAUGUUUUAGGUACGGUGGGCUAGGGUGAAGGCAGGGUCAUUUGCAGUGUCACUGUUAAAACGAUACAGUCAUUUGUAGUUUUAUUAAAUAUGUGCGCAUUAAUAUAAAUGAGCAAUACAAUAAAUUACCAAACCUCACACAUUUCCUUGUAUAGCCACAGUGUACAUUUAACAUUGCCAGUUAUAAUGAAGAAUAGCUACUAAACGUUAUAUUAUUUAGAAGUUCAAAUCAAUGUUUGUAUUUUGAAAGACUAUUUAAAUGAUUAAAUUCUAUUUUUUACUCAAUUUACUGUUGUUUGUUGACACUGCUUUAUUUUUGUGUGUGAUAUUGGCUGUGAAUUUCUGUGUGUAGAUUUUUUUUUUCAUUUAGAUAAAACAGUUUGAUGUCCUUGUCUAAACAUGUCCACAUAAAAAUCACUGUGAAAAAAGUGAGAUCUUCCACUGUCUGACGCAAAGGGGAGUGGAUUAUUGUAGGUGCUUUGUGUUGUGUAAUAAAUGGACACACCACCACCACA